AUGGCGACGGAAUACAAGCUCCCAUUCACGCUAGCCGACCCUACGCUUAUACACUUCAACUCAUUUGUAGGCGACAAAUGGGUCGAAUCAAAGAGUGGAAAGCGAUUCGAAGUCCUUGAUCCCGGUACCGAUCAAGCAUGGGCCAGCUGCCCCGCUAGUACAGCAGAAGAUGUCCCGGAUGCAGUAGAAGCAGCACACGCUGCAUUUGAGACAUUCCGCAAAGUCGUCCCUCGACAGCGAGCGAAGUGGCUCUUAAAAUGGCACGAACUAGUUGCUCAGGCAAGAGAUGACCUUGCCCAAAUCGUCACCCACGAAACCGGAAAGCCACUCGCAGAAGCUUUUGCAGAGAUUGACUACUCACUCGGCUUUCUAUGGUGGUUUGCUGGUGAAGCUGAGCGAGUCCAGGGUACCGUGUUUCAGGCUUCACUACCUAAUCGCCGCAUCUUCACCGUGAAGCAGCCAAUCGGUGUCGCAGCCGCAUUGGUGCCAUGGAAUUUCCCCAUCGCAAUGGUACUUCGUAAAGUCGGUGCAGCGAUGGCCGCUGGUUGCACAAUGGUAGUAAAGCCUUCUCCCGAGACUCCAAUCUCCGCGCUGGUGCUAGCCGAGCUUGCGUUGCGGGCGGGAAUUCCACCAGGUGUCUAUAACGUCCUGACAACAGAUCUGGAGAACACUCCUUCUCUAAGUGAAGCUCUGUGCAAGCAUCCACUUGUGAAGAAAGUAACCUUUACCGGAUCGACUCGAGUCGGAAAGCUUAUUGCUUCUCACUGCGCACCCGGUCUGAAAAAAGUCACUCUGGAAUUAGGAGGCAAUUGCCCGUUUAUCAUCUUCGAUGAUGCAAAUCUUGACCAGGCUUUGGACCAGCUUAUGGCAUUGAAAUGGCGUCAUGCAGGCCAGGCUUGUGUUACCGCUAACCGGAUCUACGUCCAAGCAGGCAUCUAUGAUCGCUUCGCUGCACUUCUCAAGGAGCGCACGGCUGCCUUGGUUGUCGGCCAUGGCUCUGCUAAGGAGACUACCAUGGGUCCGCUGACUACUCCCCGGAGUAUUGAUAAGGCCAUCGCCCAGGUUGAAGAUGCACGGAGUCGUGGUGCGGAGAUCUUAAUUGGUGGCAAGCAGAUGACCUCCCGACCGGGAUAUUUCUUUGAGCCUACCAUUCUUUCUGGGAUGACUGAGGAUAUGCAAAUCUCUCAGGAAGAAUCAUUUUCUCCCAUUGCGGCGUUGUACCGUUUCCAGACCGAGGAUGAGGCGGUUAAAAUGGCGAAUGAUACCAGUAUGGGUCUGGCAAGUUAUGCGUUUACCAAGAAUGUCGACCGGAUGUGGCGCUUGUUCGAGAAUCUGGAGGCUGGGAUGAUUGGACUGAAUACUGGUAAUUCAUCCGCAGCGGAAUCUCCAUUUGGAGGUUUGAAAGAGUCCGGUUAUGGCAAGGAAAGUGGGAAGGACGUUGCGGUGCAGGAAUACUUGGUCACUAAGACAGGAACCAUGACUAUUGAAGGUCAUUACUGA